UUUUAUGUUAUUUACUCUUUUAGCCUUGAGAGUUGUAUUUAAAGGUCUUGUGCCUCAUUUGAAAGAAAUGAAUCAAUAUUCAACAAAUUAUCUUCUUCUCUAAACACAACUCUCAAUUUAUCUUUGCAUAAUCUCACUUGUACCGAAUUCUAUUCAAUUCAUUAGAAUUCCUACUUUGAGACUUGAUUCUAUCGGUUUCGUCCCUAGAAUCUAAUUUAUCGGUUACAAUUGGUAUCUAGAGCCUUCGAUUUGGCGCGUUAAUGGCUGCGAAAUACAAAUUGGUGAAAAUUUUGAAUGUUGAGGAAGCGGAAGAAAAGAUGGAAAUGGGUAUAUGUUUCAUAUGCGAUAAACCUUUUAGUGUGGAACAUCAAUUGCUUCAUCACACAAAUAUUCAAAUGAUAAUGAAGCAAAAUGAAGAAGAAACUGAACUGGACAAUGAAGGUCCUAUAGAGCAGAAGAUGAAUGAGGGACAUGGUUCUAAAUCUGCAGAAGCUUAUUCCCUCACCACCGAAACCACCACAGUUCCUCCUAAAUCACAAGGUAUAGACACAUUCAACCACAGCCAGAGGAAAUGAAUGAUAUGAAAAUUAGGGAUGAUAGAGAAAUGGAAGCCACGGUUGUUGACAGCGGCAAUGGAACCGAGACCGGACAUAUUAUUGUGACUACUAUUGGUGGUAGAAAUGGUCAGCCAAAGCAGACUAUAAGCUAUAUGGCAGAGCGUGUUGUAGGACAUGGAUCAUUUGGAGUUGUCUUCCAGGCUAAGUGCUUGGAAACUGGUGAAACUGUGGCUAUCAAGAAGGUUCUUCAAGACAAGAGGUAUAAGAAUCGGGAAUUGCAAACAAUGCGCCUUCUUGAUCAUCCAAAUGUCGUCUCUUUAAAGCAUUGUUUCUUUUCAACCACCGAAAAGGAUGAACUAUACCUUAAUUUGGUACUUGAGUAUGUUCCCGAAACAGUUCAUCGUGUGAUUAAGCAUUACAACAAGUUGAACCAAAGGAUGCCAAUGAUUUAUGUGAAGCUCUAUACGUACCAGAUCUUUAGGGCAUUAUCUUAUAUUCAUCGUUGUAUUGGUGUCUGCCAUCGGGAUAUCAAACCUCAAAAUCUAUUGGUCAAUCCACACACCCACCAGGUUAAAUUAUGUGACUUUGGAAGUGCAAAAGUUUUGGUUAAAGGCGAACCAAAUAUAUCGUACAUAUGUUCUAGAUAUUAUAGAGCACCUGAGCUUAUUUUUGGAGCAACUGAAUACACUACAGCUAUUGAUGUCUGGUCUGUUGGUUGUGUUUUGGCCGAGGUGCUGCUUGGACAGCCGUUGUUCCCUGGCGAGAGUGGAGUUGAUCAGCUCGUUGAAAUCAUCAAGGUUCUGGGAACUCCAACAAGAGAAGAGAUUAAAUGCAUGAAUCCUAAUUAUACAGAAUUUAAAUUCCCUCAAAUUAAAGCUCAUCCAUGGCACAAGAUCUUCCAUAAGCGCAUGCCUCCAGAAGCUGUUGAUUUGGUAUCAAGAUUAUUACAAUACUCUCCAAACCUGCGGUGCCAAGCUUUAGAUGCCUUGACCCAUCCUUUCUUUGACGAGCUUCGUGACCCGAAUGCUCGCUUGCCGACUGGUCGUUUCCUUCCACGACUAUUUAACUUCAAACCUCACGAACUAAAAGGAAUCCCAGUCGAGACCUUGGUGAAAUUGGUUCCAGAGCAUGCAAGGAAGCAAUGCCCGUUUCUUGGCUUGUAAUAUGUUGUGAAAUGUAACAAAACUGCAAGUGUUGUAUCCGUAUGAAUGCCGUGCGUUCAUUCUAUUUGACGAUAUGAUAUUUAUUAGUAUCUUUGUUGUAUUCGGUUUCCCUGUGAAAGAAAAUUUAGAGAUAUAUGCUACCCAAUAUUACCCAACCCCCGAAGGGUAUUCAGAAUACCCUGUUUCUUGUACCACAGCAUAUUGUAACAUGCAAUAGAAGACAGGUGUCUGCAAUUAUCUAAAUGUUGUAUCACUAUUUGUAUUUGUGGAGAUAAUGACUGGUUGCUGCUUAAUUUAGUUUUGCAUAGCAUUGUUAUUGGAAGUUUCAGUUAUGUCCUUA